AUGAGUCAUCAAGACAAAAAGCCUAAGAAAAUCUUUUCAUUAAGAGAAAGUUUAAAGGAUAAAUGGAGAUUAAUUUAUACAUUCUUUGAUGAAAAGAAACAUGAAUUUUAUGACACCGAACUUAUAACCGAAAAUAAAGAUGGAAUGAUUCAAUCACUUAAUGAUUUUGCAGAACGAAUUGAAAAUGAUAUUAAGAAAAAAAGAGAAAUUGAUUCUAAUGAAGUUAAAGCAUAUUUAGUUAUUUUCUAUGCAUUACUUAUUUAUUUCCCACAACUUCCUUCAACAACAAUAGAAACAUAUUUAAAUAAAACUGAACGUUUUUUGGCACCAAAAGUACCUAAUUCAAUUAAAGUAUUUGCAUUUGAAGUUGUAAUAUGUUGUAUAAUAAAACCAGGAUAUGAAACAUAUUUAUCAAAAUUACUUGAAUAUAUUGAUUUAAAUACAUUUUCAACAAAAAUUUUAGAUUUACCAUCAAUGCCUACAACUGAAUUUACUUUUACAGAAGAAGUAGAUGAAAAAAAUCAACCAAUUGUUCAAAUGAAAAAUAUUGAAUGUUCUAUUGCAAAAUUAAAUAUUUUCUUUCAAAGACUUUUAACAGAUAUGAAAUCAUUUGAAAUAUUAUUACCAACAUUUAUUCAAAUAUUAUUAUUAAUGUUUCCUAAUACUGCACCAGAAAUUACAAAUAAAUUAAAAGUAUUUCCACAAGUUCCAGCUAAAUUAUUAUUAGUUAUUUGUGAAAAUGGAAUAUGUAAAAUGAAUGUUAAUCAAAGAUUAAGAAUUAUACAAUCAUGUCCAUUCUUUCCUUUAAUACUUAAAUUAAUUCUUCAAGAAAGUUUUGCUUUAGUUCUUGAAGAACCUCAACUUCUUUUUGUUAUUCGAUGGUUUUUUUCAUUUCUUUUAGAUCCAGUGAAUUCAGUUACAUUAAGUAAAUUAAAUGGUCAAACAAAAGAACAAUUUAAUAAUUUAUUAAAUUCAAUUAUCAAAACAACAGAAUCAUUUUAUAUUUUAGUCCCUUUAAUUACAAGUUAUCCAGAAGUAACAUUAACUAUUGAUGGAAAAGUAAUAAAGAAAGAUGUUGUAGAAUUUUUAAAUGAAUUCUUAAAUAUAUUUAUUGUACCAUCACAAACUGUUCAAAUUAAAGAACAAUUAAAAUUAAGUUUACAAAAUUCAUUAAAAUUAUAUUAUCAACGUGCUUUUGAAGCAAAAAAAUUAAAAUAUGGUUAUGUUCAUAAAAGAAUUACUUCUAUUACUAAAACUCUUUUUAAAACUUGGAUUUCUUGUCCUCCUAAUGAUACUGCAUGGGAAGAACUUCAAACAACAUUUAUUCCUCUUAUGGCUAUUGAAGGAGUAAUUAAUGUUGUUGAUUCAUUUUUUACUCAUAUUACAAUUUGUUUAUUAAAUAUUCAAUAUCCACAAAAACCAAAUGAUCAAUUAUUUACAAAAACAUAUGAUAAUGUUAUUGAACCUAUUAUAUUAAAUGAAGAAUUAAAACAAAUUACAACACCAUUAUUUAAAGAAGAUAUUGUUAGAAUAUGGAAAUAUUUAUGGAAAUUUAUUGAUAUAUCUGUUGAUAUUCCUAAUGAAGAAAGAGCAGAACGAUGGCAUAAUGUUAUGUUUAAAUCAUUACAAAUAAUUCUUUUUUAUGAACAACGUUGUGGUCCAUCUAAUUUUGAACUUCAUGAUAUAAUUGUACCAUAUUUAUUAGCUACUGCUUCUAAACAUCAUUUUAAAGAAAAUAAUACAUCACUUUGUCAAAUAUUAUGUAGAAGAUAUCCACAAUAUACUGAUAAUAUUAAUGCAGUAUUAUUAGGAUAUCUUAAAAAUGUUAUUCAACAAGGAGAUUUUUCAAUAUUAGCAGAUAUGUAUGAUUUAUUUACUACUUCAAUUAAAGGAAAAACUUCUAUUCUUAAUGAUGUUUUAAUUUCUCUUAGAUGUCUUACAAUAGAACAAUCUAAUUCAAUGGAAUUAAAUCAACAAAUAAGAAUUGCUUCUUUACUUCAUUCAUUAUUAUUUUAUUCAAAAAUUUAUCCAACUAUUAAUACUUUAUUAUCAGAUAAUAUGGGAUAUCAAGAUAUUUUAACUUUAUGUUAUUCUAAUUUAAUUCAAAUUUUUACUUCUCCUGAAAUUCAACAAACUUUAUUAUGGGGAAUUAUUGUUAAUUUAUUAAGUGCUUGUGAAGCUAAACGUCCAAAUGAUGAAUUAAGAGUACUUUGUGAUAUGUUUCUUCAAAAAACAGUUCAUUCAAAUUUAUGUUUAUGUAAACAAGCAAUACGUUCUUUAAGAAUUAUUUCAAGAUGUUCAGAAAUUAUUCCAAAUGAAAUAUUAACUUAUAUUGCUGAAACACUUUUAAUAUUUAUUUCUAAUAAUACAAUGGAUGAUGCUGUUAUUCCAAUAGCUCUUGAACAAUUAGAAGAUUUUAUUUUAGUACCAAAUGGUGUAUUAAGUCAAGGAAUAUCUGCUGCAUUACAAUCAGUAUUAGUUCGUUUAUCUGAUAAUACAAAUACUUAUGUCCAACAAUUUAUUCUUUUAAUAGAACAUUAUUUCAAUAGAAAAAUUGGUCUUCCUUGUUGUGAUGAUUCAUUUACACGUGAUGUUUAUUUCAUUGGAAGAAAUAAAGUUACAAGUGAAAAUGAACAUUCAUUGUAUAUUAUGCAAAAUAAUUCUAUUUUUUCAUUUACUGAUAAUGGAAGUAAUGGUGUUGAUGUUGUUGUUAGAAAUUUAUAUGGAACAUAUCAUUGGAUUAUCUCUUCAAUAGAAAGAACAGAAGAAUUUACAACAAAAGAAUUUAAUUUUAAACCUGAAAAUUUAUCAAAUGAAAAUAGAAUUUGUCCUUGUGAUGGAUCUUUUGAAAUAAUUUCAAGUGGAAUGAAUGAUUUAGGUGAAAAUAUUGAAAAAGAAAUGAAAGAAGAAUUAAUGAAUAUUGAAACAAAUGCAUUAAAAUUAAAUGCUAAUAUUUUAAAAUUAAGUAAUAAACCAAUUGAAGCAGAAACUAAGAAUAUGGAAAUUACAAGUAAAUGGGAUUAUAUUCAAAGUUUAGAAUUAUUGACAAAUACUAAAGAUCCUAUUAUUCAAUUAACAAAUGAUAAAAAAUUAAAACAAUUAUUAUUUAAAUUAGAUUGUCUUCCUAUAAGAAAAAGAUAUGCUUGUUCUUUAAUUUAUUUCAAUUCAGAUUCAAAAAUGUCUUUAUUUAAUGAAUGUUCUCCUCAAUUUACUGAAUUUGCUGGUUCAUUAGGAUAUUUAGUUUCUAAAGAAUUAUUUGUUGGUAAUUUCCCAAAAGAAUGUGAAAAAGCUUAUUAUUAUUCUGAUGAAACUGUAGAAGUCACUUUUGCUCCAAGUAUUUAUUUUAAACAACCACCACUAAAUUCCAUUUCUACUUCAUGUGUUGUUGUUUGGAAUGAAAGUGAAUUAGCUCUUGAUACUUCUUUAUUCCCAAAACCAUCUACUAUUAUUGAAAUUCAUCCAAGAGAUGAUGGUAUGUUUGUUAUUGAUAUGUGGAGAAAUGCUACUGUACCUGUCAGUGUUAUUGACCUUACUGGUCCUUUACAAACCAGUAUGGUUGUCCCUAAAAACUUUUUACCAAUUCUUGUAAGAGAGACUGUUCUUAAUAUUUGUUAUUUCAAUUCAUCUAGUCUUUCUCAGUUACAACUGAGACAAUAUGUAUUUUCUGAAAUUGGAACUACAAGUGAUUUAGUUAAAAAAGCAUUUUCAUCAAUCACUGCUUUGGAGUUGACUUUGUAA